AGCUACACAAUGGUAACCUGAGAAAUACAGACAAUAAAAAUGAAAAUACCAAAAAGAAAGCUUUUCCUUCUCAUUAUUUUCGCGUACGUGGCGUUCUCGCUCUACGCCGCCUACAACGUGUUCUUCAGCACCAGAGUGAUCUCCCGCGUCCACCGGGUGGUGAAGAAGGAGACCGGAGCCCCGGCGGGUGGGUUUAGGGAUGGCGGAGCUCCCUUCCUGGCAGACGAGUGGAACCCGUGGGAGGACGAGCAGGUGGAGUACAACUCUGCUCUGAACAAGAAGAGAGAGGCCUUCAAACAGCACCUGGGCCGGAUUGACAAGAACAAACCCAAAAGAUACAAGGUCCAGAUCUGGGGCAAAGCUGCCAUCGGGCUUUACCUUUGGGAACAUAUUUUAGAAGGACCCCUCAACCCUACUGACAAGGUGGCUCAAUGGCGAGAGGGGGAGCUGCAGACAGGAAAGACUGACUUCAGUUUCUACACAGGUCCUGCUGUGGUCCAGGGUCACGUCCCUCUGGAUAUGAACAGCCUGGUUCUGGUUCUCAAUGGCCGCGAGCAGCAGAAGGUUGCUUACUCCACAAGGUGGCUGGAGCACGUCCAGACUCUGGUUCAGUCCCACACAGUGUCUCAUGUGGCUGUGGUCCUGCUGGGCAAUGAGCACUGCAACAACGACUGGAUCGGGCCACACUUAAAGAGAAACGGUGGCUUUGUGGACCUGCUGUUUGUCGUGUACGACAGCCCCUGGGUCAACGACAAGGACGUCUUCCAGUGGCCCCUUGGUGUUGCCACAUACAGACAGUUUCCUAUGAUCAGGCCCAACGCCCAACUGAUUACCUCCAACCGGCCAUACCUCUGCAAUUUCUUAGGGACAGUUUACAAAAACUCCUCCAGAGAAACACUCAUGCAUGUGCUCCAACAUUCUGGCCUGGAGAAGGAAUGCGUCACUGCCGCCAGGGAAAAGUGGCUUCCUCAGGAGACAGCAGACAGUCUGAGACGCUAUCAGACAGCUCUGGCCCAGAGCGAGCUCACCCUGUGUCCAGUCGGGAUCAACACAGAGUGUUACCGCAUCUACGAGGCCUGCUCGUACGGCUCGGUGCCCGUGGUGGAGGAUGUUCUGACGCCCGGGACGUGUGCGGCGGGGCCCAGCUCGCCGCUACGUCUCCUCAAAGCCGCGGGGGCGCCGUUCAUCUUCAUCAGCGACUGGAAGGAACUGCCCGCCAUCCUGGAGCGGGAGCGGAGCAUGAGCCAGGAGCAGAGGGUGGACAGGAGGAGGAGGCUGCUGGAGUGGUACUCCGGCUUCAGGCAGCAGAUGAAGGAAAGGUUCACCGAGGUCAUCGAGGAGACUUUCUUUAAAAGCGGCUGAGCGCGGUGCUGUCAGACAUCAACAGGGUCAACAUCGGUUCUUAUUUAUUUUGUGAUUUUUUGUGGAGAAAUGUGAUGUACUACUGGCAUAGUGAACCUGGUGAUGUUCAGUGUAUUAUUCUGGUGCAGGUGAUUAUGAAACCACUCGUGUGUGUUGUCAGAGCCGCCCUCACUGGUCAGUAAAGGCCCCGGGGCAUUAAUGUGUAUUUAUCAUCUAAAUGUUUACAGCGGUGGAAUGUACAGGCAUUUGGAAAUCAUGACUUUUAAGCUGCCUUUGCAUUUUAAAGCUCUCAUUUUACUUUGUUUUAUAUCUUUGUUUGUACUUAAAAUAGUGAUUUUUAGAGAACACUAAGCGUCAUGUGUAGACAGACUGUGUUUUUAGGCCUGUGAGGACGGAGCGCCUCUGGAUCUCUUUUGUAUCGUGAGUAGCUUGUAAAUGGAUGUUGUUGGUGUGAAAUGUCUGCUUUUCUGCUCAAAGUCUAACAAAAGACAGAUUUUCUCUUCUAUUUAUUUCAGUGCUGUGCUGCAUGGACUUCUGUGUUUUUUUCAGACGGUGCAAUAAAACUAAAAUGGGGUGGUGUCCUGAAGGGA